GCCUUAUUCUUGGCCUGUUCUUCACCAUGGAUGCUGAAGUGGUAGUUUCUCUUCUCUCACAGAAACUGCAAAAUCUUCUCCAUGAUGAAGAGAUAGCCAUGACCCCAAAGGUGAAAGAUCAAGUUCAGAGAACCACCCACCAGCUCAACUUGAUCAGGCAGUUGCUGAAAGAAGCAGAUCAGAAGAGUCGAGCAUUAACUGUUGAAAUCAACAGCCGUAAGUGGACAACUCGUCUCUUGCGGGCUCUCUACUCUCUGGAUGAUGCCAUUGACAACUUUCUCGUCAGGAAAGCAUUGCAGAGUCGGAAGCCUUUCACUUCUUUCUGUAACGGAGUUGUCUUCAAAAAAGAGAUGAAACUAUUCAUUUCCAGGACUGGAGACUUAAUAAAAAAUAAGCAACCAUUGGAUAUUCAAGAUGUUACUGACAACAAUAUCCCAGGCCCGAGCCAACACCAACGUUGGGCAAGAAUAUCUGAUUUUUGUUUCGACGGUGAAAGUCACGUGGUUGGCCUUGAGGAACAAGUAAAGAAUUUGGUUGCUCUUGUAGUCCAGGGGGCAGAGCAAGGGAACCAACCAGCAGUUGUUUCGAUGGUUGGAGAGGGAGGAUCAGGCAAAACAGCCAUAGCAAGAAUCGUAUACAACAGAGUGGAUAUUAAGCGGCAUUUCACUAGCCGUGCAUGGGUUCAUGUUACGAAAGAGUUCAAAGUGAGAGAUGUAUUGGUUGACAUGAUUACCCAGCUUGAUGAAAAGAUUGCGAAAGAGCCAUUACUGGAGGACGAAUUAAAGUGGAGGCUCCCUAAACUUCUAGGACAAGGAAGAUAUCUAAUUGUUGUUGACGAUGUCGAUGCUCCUGAAUUUUGGGAAGCAAUCAAGGAGGUCUUUCCACCCUCUUCCCACGGUGGUGUGGUGAUUGUAACUACCCGAAAGGCGGGCCUAGCAGUGCCAGCUGGUUCAACUCUACAGGUACGUCCAUUGAAUGAUGAAGAAAGCUGGGCUUUGUUCUUAAAGAAGCUAGACAUAACUGAAGAUAGAUUACAUAAUUCUCAGUUAAUGAAAUUCAAGGGGCAAAUCUUGAAAUUAUGUGGUGGUUUACCUCUAGCAAUUGUCUUAAUGGGUGGUUUGUUGUCUGCUAAAGAAUUAACAGAUAGCGAAUGGUCAAGAGUGAUCGAGCAUGUGAAUGCUAUAGAAGGUAUCUUGGCCUUAAGCUAUCAUGAAUUGCCUUCUUACUUGAAGCCCUGCUUUCUUUACAUGGGACUCUUUCCGAAAGCGAUUGAAAUCCCCAUAAGGAGGUUGAUUCAUCUGUGGGUAGCUGAGGGUUUUGUCACAUCCUUGUCUGACGGUGAUAUGGUUGAGGAGGAUCUGGCAGAAAUGUAUUUUGAGGAACUAGUUUGUAGAAAAAUGAUUGAAGUGGUAAGAUGGAGGUUAGAUGGGAGCCCCAAAACAUGUCGUUUGCCAAGCCUUGUCCAUGAUGUCUUCUCCUUAAAAGCAAGGGAUAUUGGAUUUCUUCAGAUCCACAGUACGUCAUUUUCAGCUAACACAUCGCAAUUACCAGUCCGGAGACUUGCAACAUAUUCAAACAUCCCUUUUUCAAAACUACACGUAAGCCAUUUACGUUCUUAUGUAUCUUUUAACACUUUAAAAGGAGGUAUCCCUGCUGGAAAUUCAAGCAUGUUUCUGGAUAAGAUUAUGAGUACGGGAAACCUUGGAGUGUUUAGGGUGCUUGAUCUUGAGAGUGUCUACAAACCUGAGCUUCCCAAGGCAAUGGGCACUCUCUUGAACUUAAGGUACCUAGGCUUAAGAUCCACUGUUAUUAAUUCACUUCCAAUCUCCAUCGGCGUUUUGCAAUGCCUGGAGACUUUGGAUGUGAAGCACACCAACAUAACCACUUUGCCUGAUUCUUUUUGGAAGAUUAGGAGCCUGCGCCAUCUCUAUCUGAAUGGAAUUUGUCUCGAUUCUUUGGACGUGCUCUCAGCGGAGACCUUGAAUAAGCUUCAAAGCUUAUGUGGGUUGUCUAUUAGCACCGAAUCUUUGGUUGCAGAGACCUUGAGCAAGUGUAAAUGCCUCAGAAAGUUGCAGUUGACAUUCUAUAUCCCAUCAAGUAUAAAAAUUGAUUGGACAUCUCAACUGAACAAACUUCACUCUCUAAGGAUAAGAUCAAUAAGAGAGUCUGGUGAGAGUGCAUCCAUCAAGUUCACGAGCUUCAAGGAGCAGCACAACCUGGUCAACUUGUAUUUGUUUGGAUCGUUACUAAGACCAUUCAAAUCCACAAUAUUUCCUCCAAACCUGAAAAGCCUCACUUUAUCAAAGACGGGACUGGGCAAAGACCCAAUGCUAGAGCUAGGAAAGCUGCCUCAGUUAAAUACACUUAGGCUUUUCAAUUUUUCCUACGUAGGGGAAGAAAUGACUUGUGCCUCUGGAGCAUUUCCUCAACUCCAUGUCUUGAAACUGUGGCAACUGGACCAUUUUAGUAAGUGGCUUGUGGAAGAAGGAGCCUUGCCUAGUCUCAGAGAAUUAGAAAUUAGGGACUGUAGAAGUCUCAAAACGCUGGAUGCAUUUUACCAGCUGUCCAGCUUGAGGGAAUUGAUACUUACUAAUAUGCCACCAGAUUUUGCAGACUAUGUUAGAGGUAUCAAGAGCCCCGGCAGCGCUGUUUUUAUCAAAGAAAAUCACUGGGAACCUUCUCCUCCGAUGAUGUAGGAAUGAGAUCCUGGAGGCAAGAGUCAGGACAGAGUAUAUGCCCUUCCCGCGAGAAAGACCGUCACUCUAGGGAAAUCAUAUUCUGCAUCAAUUUCAUAUUUUCUGAAAUGUUACUUUUUAAAAGUUGUGUAGUAAAUCUACUUGCUCUAUUUCGUUGAGACUGGAUUUCUGAAGCAACACAACAAAGGCCUCAAUAACCUCAUGCUUCAUUCACUUGUAUUUCUGCUAUGUUAAAACUUUGCAGCAAUUACGGGAAUAAUUUUUUU